AUGGCCCGACGACCAAGUGACAUUGGCGGCUGUGAAGAAGACGACGGGCGUGUCGGUGUUGAGGACCCUUAUGCUGAGCGUUCCUACUCUGAGCUCAAGGUCCUUGGUGACGGGUCCUUUGGCACUGUCUGGCUGUGCGAUUGGCAGUCGCCGGUCAAGUCCGACGUCCUUUUGUCCGCUAUGCAAUGCGGGCAAGGCGCUCGUGCGGAAUGGGCUGGCAAAAGGCUAGUGGCCCUCAAGCGCAUGAAGCGGGUGUGGGAGGGAGGAUGGCGCCAGGCACGCACCCUUGGAGAGCUGGCUUCGCUCCGGAGCAUCCCACCUCAUCCGGCCGUCAUUCCGCUCUACGACGCCUUCAUUUCGCCACGGUCACGCGAGCUCUACUUUGUGUUCGAGUGCAUGGAGGGUAACCUCUACCAGCUCACAAAAUCGCGCAAGGGGCGGCCAUUAGCUGCUGGCCUUGUCGCAAGCUGCUUCCACCAGAUGGUCUCUGGCUUGCAGCAUGUCCACCGGCAUGGGUACUUCCAUCGUGACAUGAAGCCAGAGAACUUGCUCGUCACAACAACAGGAUUGUGCCAGUACUGGUCGACGAAUGCAGUCGAGGAGAUCAACGCGCGUCGCGCAGCUGGCGACACCGACUUCCAGCUUCAGAUCCAGGGCGAAAAAGACCCGAACAUCCAGAUGGACGUCCAGGUCAUCAUCAAGCUGGCCGACUUUGGUCUUGCACGUGCCAUCAACUCGAAGCCUCCAUACACCGAGUACGUGUCCACGCGCUGGUACCGUGCACCCGAAGUGCUGUUACGCGCUACAGACUAUGGUGCGCCCGUCGACAUGUGGGCGCUUGGCACCAUCCUCGCCGAAAUGAUAAAUCUCAAACCACUCUUCCCCGGUUCGAGCGAGAUUGAUCAGGUCUACCGCGUCUGCGAGGUCCUCGGAGAUCCCUCCCCGGAAUACGGGCCAGACGCUAACGGGCGUAUAACUGGUGGAGGUAGAUGGAACACUGGCAUCAAGUUAGCAAAACGUGUCGGGUUCUCGUUCCCCAAGCGCAAGCCCCUUGAACUAAGAUCGCUGUUCCCAAAGGAGACGCCGCGCUCGCUCAUCGACUGCGUUGCUAACCUUCUGCGAUACAACCCCCGGUACCGCAUGACGUCGGACGACUGCAUUACCCACCAGUACUUCCGCGAGGUUCUUCCUCACCUCCAGCGCGUGCCACCGCUCCCUCGGAUUCCUUUCUCAUGGGGCCAGCCAUCACCAAGGCCAACGCCAAGUGCUCAGCAGCCGCCCGUCGAUGCCAGCUUCAACGUCCCCACACGUCCGCUUCCGCCGUCUCACUCACACCACGAGCCCCAUGCCGCCUUUGCCAACGGGGAUAUACGCACACUCCCGCCCCCAGACACAGCGCCCGAGAUCCCCGUCGGGGAGCUUGUCACACCGAACGGUGCUGCUCCUGGGACGUACUUUACGCGGUUCUAUCCACCAGAGGCGGAGCAGCGGACGUAUGGCGCGUCGGCGCUCGUUCGCCAACUGCGCGAGCUCGACCUGCCCACGGACGAUCUUGCGAGUUACGGUGCUCGGCGAUGGUCAGAGGCGGAGAUCAACGCGAGCCGGCAACGGUACGCAAACCCUGUGCAUGCGGGCUCUGUACAGUCAAUUCCGGACAGCAUAUCCAACCCGUCGUACAGCAACUUGAACUCACUGUCUGCGGUAAGCCUCGAUAUGCUGCAGCCGCACCCGCAACCGCAGCACCCGCACCAGAAUCCGGACACACACGUGGUGGCGUACGUCCGCCAGCAGGCAGCCUACCAGCAGCAGAUGAUGCAGCCGGUAGUGUCACAGUCGACUCCUAACUUGACUCCCACCGCCUCUGCAGCCGACCCGAACAGCAUGAGGCAGGCCCAGUCUACCAUGACUCUUCCCCUCCCCUCAACGGCCCACUUGGCCUCAUCGAGCGGCCACAUGCCGGCUCCCCAGGCGACCUCCAAGCUCGGACCUCCGCCACCUGUACCGAUCGGCAAGAAGAAGAAAUGGGGGUUAUCGUCUGUCUUCGGCGCGGCCGGCAAGAGUAGCACGUCCCUGCCUGCGGUCGAUGAGCAUGCUGCGGCGACCACUUCGCUCAAGCGCACACAGUCAGGCCAGUACGCCGGCGAUCGCGUCCCAUCAGCUCAACAGCAACAGCCGCCCAUGGAUCCCAAGGCGUCCAAGAAGGAAGCAGAACGCCAGUCGCGCGAGCUUCUCAAGGCCAAGCGCGAGGCUGCCGAGCGCGCUCAGAAGGAGAGGGCCCGUGCGGUCCUCAACAAGCGUGCGCAGCUAGUCAGCGGGAGGAACGUCGAGCUGGAGUACGCCAACGUCGUCACGGACAAUAUCACACCUCGCGAAACCAACGACUUGGCAAGGCAGACGUCACGCCCGGUCGCAGGCUACCCGAGCGGCUACCCAUUGUCUCAUCAAUCCACGCUGCCAUCGGGAUCCAUUACCUCGCUUGGAUCCUACCACAGCGCGGGCCAGUCGCCAUACCUUCAAGUUGAGGAUGGGUUGGGCCGCCGCAAGGCCCGCAAGCAGACGGAGGAAGACGACCACAGUUCGAUAGGUCGGGCGUCGGCCAAGAGCCGCAGCUUGCUCAGUGUCGCCACAAUGGAGAGCGACCCUGGCUCGCGCCGUAGCUUGCACAACGUAUGGCCCGAUGCGAUGUCGCAGUCGUCGCGCCGGCCGUCUUCAAACGCGUACCUGGGGUCCAUGUCGCACUCGUCCGUAUCGCUCGACAACCAGCUGUCGUCGCAACUGCAACGCACCACUGUCCAGUCGGCUUCCGAAUCGUCGUUGUCGCUUGGCCGCAAUCCGAUGCCUCCCAACCGCGCUUCGAUGUCAGGCCCAUCAAUCCAGAACCAUGACCAGAGCUACCAUCCGUCUGCUCCAUAUGGCUACCCGGCCGGCCAGGCAAUGACCGUCGGUGCCAGCGUCAGCCGCCGGAGUAGCCGCGCGCAACUUCCAAGCAUAGAGGAUUGGCACGCGCCGCCCACUUCCAUAAACCCCAUGUUCAAAGUUCCACCCCAAGAUCCCCAGCAGCAUCCGCGUGACCCGGGCGCCAACGGCCUGCCGCCGUUCGCAUCGUUUGUCAACAUGACCAACCCGCAUCACCCGAACCCGCCUCAAUAA